CUCCAGUGAUGCUGCCUCAUGGGACAGCUCUUGAUCUAUUUGGUUUUGUGUUAUUUUUCAGUCUUAUAAGAGGAUAAGGGAUGUCAUUCUAUGUGGAGCUGGGAGUUUCUGAUUCCACAACUGAAACUGCUCCCGGCUCCUGGAAGGGCAGCAGUUCUUCCAUGCCCAGGCUGUCACUGUCCCUCGGAGCUCACUCUGAGUCUCAAGAUUUCCCCCCACACAUGACUCUGGGGUGCUCAGGUGUUUUCCCAUCCAUCAGCCUUGUUGGUGCCACAGAAUGGUGCCAACAUGUGCCUGCUUGCUCACGCAGAUGGCUGGAGUGCAGGACUCUACUGGUGCUCUGGGACACACAAGAAAUCACAGCACUUUGGUGCUUAUAUAAAAGCAAUGCUGCUUGCUUUUCAAACAAUUUUUCACUGAUUACAUUUUCCCUUCUCUCCUGGAAGUGAGUAAAACAAGAGUUUCUCGGCUCCAUUGACAGAGGAGGAGGAGAAUAAGAUGGGUGUCGAGUGCUGGGGCCUGGAUCUCUGUCCCCAAAUCAGGCUCUCCACAGCCCCACACGCCUCCUUUUCUCCUGAUUCCUGUCACCUGCUCUGAUGCACAGGACCCUAGGCCUUACUUCUCCUGGGAGAGAGACGCAGUUACACAUGGUCCCCUUGACCUCCGUGCAGUCAGAAGUUUGGGUGGUUCCCCAAGUGCAGCUAGAAAUGGAAGAAGGGAAAUGGAAGUGAGCGGGCAUCUGACAGGAGUAGUUUUUUGUCUUGUACAGUUUAGGAAGCAGUCACAUUUAUCCAGAAAUUGUGGUCAUUCUGUAGAUUUAUCCCACACUAGUUCACAUGAGAUACAACUGUGUAAAUUAAAAACUUCUUAACCUCCACAGCAGAUCCUGGCCCAAAUCUGAGAACGAAUCAGGGUGAGCAUGGUAUAAAUUUCCAGGCAGAGCCUUUUGUUCCAGAAGUGGAAUGUAGGAGCAGGGAGCAAGGGAAGGAAAUGGGUGGGAGGUGGGAAGGACACGCCCGGGUGAAGACCUGACAGCAGAAGGGGCCUCUGCUCCCGCGUGUGCCUCGCUGUCCUUGGAAGGCUGUCUUCCAUUGUGGUCAUCUGCACUGGCAGCGAUAAGGUGACACACGGGAGGCAGCCAUGAGAGGAGGCCUUGUGCUCCCUCUGCAGCUGGUAGGGAUAGUACGGGGUCAGAAGGUGAGGAGCCUGCUGACCUGCCCAGUGGCUGCUGAGCGGGCGACUGCCUGGCACUCUGGUCUUCCACUCUGUCCUCGGAGCGUGGCUGCAUUGUCCUCGAUGGGACCUUCUGAUAGGAGCCACUUUGCCCAGAGCUCUUUUCUCUCUCUGCUGUUGCCUUUCAUAGGGCUAAGUUUGGGUUUAUUUUCUCCCUUGCAAGUGGCAGUGGAAUAUUUCCUGGCCCCUAUUGUAUUGGCCGGGACCUGUGGCUGUGGACAGAAGUGUCCCCUGACCGAAGGCCAUCUCUUCUUUCCUGGCAGUUGAGGCAGCAGCCAUGGGGAACGUGGAUGGGACGCUCAGGAAGGCACUGCAGGCCUGGAACAACAGCACCAGUACCCAGCUGAGCAUCGAGCCUAAGACAUCGUCUUCUCAGCCAAGUGUGGCCCCCUGGUCGGGCAUCAUGAGCGACCAGCUCAAGUUUCAUGACCAAAGUGACGUGAUCGACGCCCUCAGCUACAUGGUGCCCUAUCUCUCAGAGGGAAACCCAGAGGCUGUGCAGUCAGCUCUACUGCCACUCAUUGCAAGGCUUUUUCCAAAUGCAUUUCAUGGAGAUAACACAGAUUCUUUAAAAAAGGAUAUAAAGAAGUCCUCCUUUAUCCAUGAAUCCAACAAAAAUAAAUUGGAAGAGCUGUAUUUGCUCAGAAAUUGGUUAAAUGUAGAAAUUCAGAAAAAAAUGGAGGAAGUUAAGAAGGAAGAAGACACUGUCAGGGGUAUACAGCCCACCCUUUUGGGUCCCACCUUGGAGCCCCAAAUAUCUAGAACACUAGGAAGGGCUCUGACACAGGAAAACAGCAUGGCGGAGGCCCUGAGAGGAAGAAGGCUGCACACAGUGGACAGGGUCCUCAGGGGCCUGAAGGACACAGGUAAAAGGCUGCUGCAGGACAGGAGGAAGCAGCAGGUCAGGGACAGGGAGGUCACCUGGCCCCUUGCACAAGCAGCCUCGGGGACCCCAGUGCCACGGAGCUGGAGCAGUGUCAUGAGGGCCCCCAGGCCCAGGAACCCAGCCAGAUUCUCUGUCCUCACAGAGGGACAGAGGGCGGCCACCCCUUCCUCCCUGGUGGCUCCCUGGCUGGGCAGGUCCCCCACCUCCAGAGCCCAGCCUGUGGUGAGAAGCAGAGCAAAAGACUUCACCCACAGCAUACGGUUUCUAAACCACGGGCGGGACAGAGUGCUAAGAGUGAAGGCAACUCCACCUGCCUGGCAGUCACAAAAGAGUCGUUGCUUGGCUGGGACUCUCUUCCCUGUGUCCCUCGGAACAGCCCAGGCCAACCUGAGGGCACAGCUCACCAAGGGAAAUGCACGCAGCGGCCUGACCCCAGCAAAGAGGCCUGGGUUCCGGGCACUGAGGAGCCUCAUGGACUCCCCUCCAGGAGGCUUCCUGUCAGCACCAGGGGACCUGCAUGUGUCUGCUGCAGACUCUGCCUCGGGCUCGGCCUCGAUGCCCACACACAUCACCUUCCCAGUGCUGCCGUCCCUGGGGGUUGUGUUAGAAACAGGGCUGAAUCACUUGCUGCAGCCGCUCAUCCCUGACGACAACCUGAGAAGGCUCAUCAUCCAGGUCACCAGCAUUUUGAAAAUGGACUGCGCUGAGCCCCCCGCGCCCCCCGCCUGUGCCAAGCUCAUCUCCAAGUCUCGCUGCCUGCUGAUGCUUCUGACUGAGCAGCGGGAGGCCACGGUGUCCCAGGCCCAGGGGGAGCAGCAGCAGCUGUAUUCUGACCCCAUGGUCAUGGAGGGGACAGAAGCCCAUGGCAAGCAGAAGGGACAGCAGACGCCUCAGACGUUCAGAGAACAUGUUCUUGAAAGCAUGUAUAUAGACAAAUGCAUCAUCAGGGCAUUAGCAGCUCUGAAUGUGAUACUGAUCGCUGUCAUCAUUGCCCUCUGCAACAGGCAGUUAUCGGCACAGAAGAGCCAGAGUGGACGAUCCAGAGGCCAGAAGGUAAAUGAGAGCCUGGUGUCUUGAAAGGAAUCUUGGAAGCCGAAGUCCAGGCUGGAAGGCGGGAGGCAGAGCCCGGCUCCCUGCUUCCCCGUGACCAGUUCUGUCCCUGGCCCAGGGCGAGCUCACACCCUGGAGAGCUCUGGGCCAGAGUUUGUCCCCUUACUUCAUGGGGCAGAAAUGGGCAGAAGGGGCAGGGGGUGUCCUGCCAGGGGCACGCAGCUCCUGAGGGGGCAGGAAAAGCGGCUCUUACAGCCGGUGUCCAUGCUGACCGUGCUGUGUUUGGGUGGUGCCCAGGGUCUCUGUCCCCGUCAGCUGUGACGCCAUGGACAGCAGAGGGGCUUCCAGCCUGCUCCUGUCCCCAGAGGGCUCUUUUGGAUUUAUUCUCUUUUUUUUCCAUACUGGGGAUUGAACAUGAAACCUUGUGCUUACGAGGCAGGUGGCAGCACCACUGAGCUAAAUCCCCAGCCCUCUUUUUUUUUUUUCUUAAUGGGAUUGAACACAGGGCCUUUGUACUGAGCUCCAUCCCCAGCUGCUUCUUCUUCUUUUAA